GAACCUUCGUCUCCAGUGUUUUCGAUUCUGAUCGACGAUCGGGUAAGUUAAAAUCUUUCAGAGCAAAACUCUCGAAAGAGCCCUAAAUUUGAAAGAUGGUGUUGAUUGAGUCAAGUGAGAGUGAGGUAGAGAUUCCCAUCAAAGACGAACCAAAGCCAUCGUCUUUAUCCUCAACUAAACCCGAAAAAACGAUGGCGGCGACGGAGGCGAAACUAGUCGACGGUGAUGAUUCCGACGGAUUCGAGACUGCCAGCGAACGGGAAAUUAGCGAUGAAGAAGAUGACUGCAAAAACGACGCCGUUACGAUCCAGGAGGAACCGGAGAAGAAGGAAGAGCAGAUUGAGCUAAUGAGAGAAGGAGAGGACAUUACUGAAGACGGAAAAAACCAGGAGAAAGCCAUGGCAGAAGCAAAUGAAGCUAAAGUGGAAGGAAACAAAUUGUUCGUAAAUGGCCUUUACGAGGAGGCAUUGUCAAAGUAUGUGCUUGCUUUAGAGCUUGUUCAGGAGUUUCCCGAAUCUAUGGAGCUUCGAUCCAUAUGCCAUUUGAACAAAGGUGUAUGCUUCCUAAAAUUGGGUAAAUAUGAAGAAACGGUCAAGGAGUGCUCAAAGGCAUUAGAGCUAAAUCCUACUUACACUAAGGCCUUGGUUCGAAGGGCAGAAGCACACGAAAAACUUCAACACUUUGAAGAAGCUGUCACGGACUUGAAGAAGAUCUUAGAACUUGAUCCUUCAAAUGAUCAAGCUAGGAAAGGGAUUCGACGCCUUGAGCCUCUUGCUGCCGAGAAGCGAGAAAAGAUGAAAGAAGAGGCUAUAACUAAGCUGAAGGAGAUGGGAAACUCGAUUUUGGGUCGAUUUGGGAUGAGUGUGGACAACUUCAAGGCUGUUAAAGAUCCCAACACUGGCUCCUACUCUCUUUCUUUCCAAAACUAGUCCCUAUAUAGUUGUGGUCUUCAAUGUUUUGCUUCUACAAUUCUAAUGUUUAGCAACAAUCUGGUUAGUAUUCCAUUGUGUUAUGGUACUGAAAAGAUGCAAUCAUUUUUGUGGGUUUUAAUAUAGAUGUAAAUUCAAAAUUCAAUGUUUACAACAACGGAUGAUAUUUCCAUCCCAUGAUUCUUAUCAAUUGGUGGGCGAUUAAUACAUGAUACAUAAAAUACAA